CAUAGAUAAAACCAUCUAAACUUGUCUGCAACAAAGUACGUGAAAAAUGGCUUACCUUUCAUCUUCUCAAUCGAGUUUUAUCUCAUGUAAUGAGAAUUCAUCUCUUGAUUCGAUUCUAGUUUCGAUCAACGACUACAUUCUCAGCAUCAUAUCAGACCCUGAAGCAUGGAUUUCGCUUAAGCAGAAAUGCAUCACAUUGCUCAGCAUUGAAGAAGAUAACACUCUGUUUAAUGAUUUCUCUUCUGAACACUCUGCUCUCUCGAAUCUCUAUUGGGGAAUCGAUAGCAUCGAAGCUUCUAUACAUCCCGAAUGCUCAGAAGAGAAGACCUCUCGUCUGAGAAACUCAGAGAGAAUGCUUCAAAUGCCUGCGUUGCUUGAUGAACAAGGGACCACCACUUCUGGUGUCCCAAACACAAUCUUGGUUUCUUUCUCUUACUUUUACCUCUCCAUUGUAAGCUAUCUACAAGGUGAUUCCUUGCAGUCCACAUUGCAUUUUCUCCAGUCGGUUUUGGUCUCGCCGGAGAUUGUAAGAACCGUCAUUGCCCCUGAACUCUGCGAGAGCAUUUUCUUCACUCCUGGUGUGUACAAGUCAGAUGAAGAGAUCAGAGAGAUUGCAAGAAAGUAUAAAUACAGAGCAACUUAUUACCAGGUUAUGUCGUAUGGAGAGACUCAUCAGCCGCCACGUGAAUGUACCGAGAAACCUCUUAGAAGGCAGGAGAAAUAUGGGCAAGAAAUAUUUGCGGCUAAUGCACAUUCAGUUGCAGAGAAGCUAGAGUUGUCAGAAACCUGUGAGAAGUUAUUGCAGUACCAGGACUUCCACAGUGUUGAUUUGCAAGAGGAGGAACUUAAUGACAUCUUCAACAAAAUCAAAGCAUCAAGAAAGAUUGAAACAUCUGUAAAUAACUUGGAAGGUUCUCAAUGUUUGGAUCGGAACCUGCAGGAAGAUUACAAUCCAGAGCUUGGAAAAAGUACAAGAGUCAGAUGCCUUAAUGAAUUCUUGAACGAGUCUCAGCUAGAUACGUCAAGUUCAAUUUUUGAUACUAGAGAAGACGUUGGCACGGCUCAACAAUCAAUGACAAAUUUGUAUACCCACUUAGAAGAUGCCUCUUCUUUGAGACACUUAGAGUUGGAAGAUAUAUCAGUAUUUGGACACAAAGGGUCCAUAACUUUUGAAGGAAUGAGAAGAAAUUUGCAUACCAAAAAAAGAGGAAAUGGACUUGAGACGCAUUCUAGAAGAGCUCCAACAAUGGAUUUAUGGAAGAACCUUCAGAGCUUGAUAAAGGAAGUGUUAGGGAAUGCAGAUGAGAAAUAUGUCUCAGAGGUCACAAUGAUUUAUCAAAUGCUGAACAGAAAACAAGGAUUCAAAUACAGCAUGCUAAAAGAUGUCAUACUGGAUCAGCUGUUCACGGCUAUUUCUAGUUCCGAGGAGAAAACCGUGAUUAAGGCAUCGAUGACCGCACUUACCAAGAUCAUAUCAGUCAAUAGAACAGCUCUAGAGGAGGUCAAGAGGAAAGGUUUAAAUCUAAGUCAUUUAGCAAAUGCUCUGAAACAAAAUGUGCAAGAAGCAGCUAUUCUCAUCUACCUGAUACAGCCAUCUCCAACAGAAAUAAAGAGUCUUGAGCUUUUACCAGCUCUUGUAGAUGUUGUUGCAUCCACUUCUUCUUCCCCUUCUUGUUACGCAUUUAGACCUUCACCGCCUCUUUUGACGCCGCCUGCGGCAUCAUUGAUGAUAAUUGAAGUGCUUAUUACUGCUUUUGAUCAUGCUACAAACACAAUGCACUUGGCUGCAAUCAGUUCUCCUUCUGUCCUUUGUGGACUUCUUGACGUUGCAAAGAGUGGAAACUCAGGGGAAUUCAUCUCCUUGGCCAGUAUUUUAGUAAAAUGCAUGCAAUUUGAUGGACUUAACAGGAAGUAUAUCUAUCAGCAUACUCGAGUGGCUCCUUUCGCGCAUCUCCUGCAGAGCAAAGACCAAGAAGAAAUGUGCAUCGCUCUUCAAUUUCUUCAUGAAGUCCUGAAGAUACCAAGGUCGUCAGCGAUUAAGAUUCUGCAGCAGAUAAAGAAAGAAGGAAGUUUUGACAUUAAGGAUACAUUAUUGCAGUGUAUCAAACAAUUACAGGGUGAUCACAAACUCUUUGCUGCAGAUAUAUUGCUUCAGUUAAAUGCACUGGAUUCCCCACCUGAGAACAAAAAGUACAGAAAUGAAGCUACCAGAGCUCUACUUGAUGCAGUUACAUAUAGUGAAGGUUCAAAUAUGCAGGUUUUAUCAACAUUCAUUCUUUCGAAUAUCGGUGGAACUUAUUCAUGGACAGGAGAACCUUACACUGCUGCUUGGUUAAUGAAAAGAGGAGGACUAACUUCUGUGUCACAUAUGAAUAUGAUAAGAAACAUUAACUGGUCAGAUGAAUGCUUACAGGAUCCAGGAAUAGAUGGAUGGUGUUGUAAAAUAGCAAGAAGAAUUAUUGAUACAGGCAAAGCCACGUUUUGUGGUUUACAAGAAGGGCUAAAGAGUCAGAACAAGAGUGUUUCAAAAGCAUGUCUUAUAGCCAUUGCAUGGCUCAGUAUAGAGAUUUCAAAAGGUCCAAAUAGUUUAAAGUACUCAGCAUGUGAAGUCUUACUUGAUGAGAUAGCACAAUUUCUACACCCUGGUUUGGAGCUUGAAGAAAGACUUCUUGCUUGUAUAUGCAUCUACAAUUUUAGCUCUGGCAAAGGAAUCCACAAACUAGUCAAUUUUUCGGAAGGAGUUAGAGAGUCUUUGAGACGUCUUUCGCAUGUGACUUGGAUGGCAGACGAAUUGCAUAAAGCAACAUAUUAUCUAUUCAGCAAAUCUGACCAACGCAUAUCUUGUGUUCAUACACAAACCAUAGAGAUGCAUCAAUCUGGAAGUGGAGCUGUAACAGCACUCAUCUACCAUAAAGGCUUGCUCUUUAGUGGAUAUUCAGAUGGUUCAAUCAGGGUGUGGAAUGUGAAUAAGAAAUUAGCUACGCUUUUAUGGGACAUCAAGGAGCACAAAAGCACAGUAACAUGCUUUUCACUCUCUGAAGCAGGAGAGAGUGUCUUAAGUGGAUCUGCAGAUAAAACUAUCAGGGUAUGGCAGAUAGUUAAAGGAAAACUGGAAUGUGCUGAAGUCAUAAAAACAAAAGAUUCAAUAAGGAAACUGGAAGCAUUCGGAAAUAUGAUCUUUGUCAUAACCAAAGGGCACAAGAUGAAGCUGCUUGAUUCAUUAAGAACAUCUCAAAGUGUCUUCAAAGGUAAAGGUGUGAAGAGUAUGGUAGCAGCUCAAGGAAAGAUUUAUAUAGGAUGCAUAGAUACAAGCAUACAGGAAUUAAUCGUUGCAAAUAAACGGGAGAAAGAGAUCAAAGCACCAACUAGGAGCUGGAGAAUUCAAAACAAGCCUAUCAAUUCAGUGGUUGUGUACAAAGAUAUGUUAUAUAGCUCAAGCACACAUGUUGAGAUGUCUAAUAUAAAGGAUUUGAGAAGGAAUUAUGAGCCCCAAAUGUCAAUAACAGCAGAAAAGGGGUCUAAUAUAGUAGCAAUGGGUGUGGUUGAAGACUUCAUCUACCUGAAUCGAAGUUCAUCGGCAAACACUCUUCAGAUUUGGUUGAGAAGGACACAACAAAAAGUGGGAAGAUUAUCAGCAGGAAGCAAGAUCACAAGCCUCCUUACUGCUAAUGAUAUUGUUUUUUGUGGUACAGAAGCUGGAGUCAUUAAGGGAUGGAUUCCGUUAUAGCACAAAGGACAAGUGUAUGAGGUAACCACUACAAUUUCAACAAUCAGCUCAAAGCUAUGAUACAUGAAGACUCAUGUUCAUAUCACAGUGAAGAAGUAAAUACACAGGCUUAAACUAG